AAACUCUCAGAGUCGCUCUCCUCCACUCCUCCAAAGUGUGUGACACACAUCAGCACUUCUAUCGAGUUAGUUAUAAUAAGAGAAGCGGACGAUUUCAUUUUCACACCCGGGCUCCAGGGGUGAAAAACUCACUCAUUGCUAGGUAGCUCUUUUUAAAAAAAAGAUAACUAUUUAACAAAGACUAUCUCUAUGGCGGCACGUGAAAUCUGAUAUUGUUGGACGCUUGAAGAGACAUAUAUUUCAAGAGAAAAGAUGGGAUGUAACUGUAGUUCCGACUAUUCAGACAGCGAGUGGAUUGAGAACCUGGAUGAAAUCUGCGAACACUGCAACUGCCCCAUACCUCCCCAGUCAUGCAAUCCAUACACAGACCAGCUGAUUCCAUACAAUUACCCAUCACAGCAUUCGCCUCCUACAUCUCCUUUACCAGACAACCUUGUGGUGGCCAUAUACAGUUAUGAACCCAACCAUGAUGGUGACCUGGGAUUUGAGAAGGGAGACAAACUCAAGAUCAUCAACAAGGAUGAUCCAGAGUGGUAUUUGGCAGAGUCUCUCACCACAGGCCAGCAGGGCUACAUCCCGCACAACUUUGUUGCAAUGACCACAAUGGAGACUGAACCGUGGUUCUUCAAGAACAUUUCUAGAAACGAAGCCAUGAGGCUCCUGCUCGCUCCUGGGAAUACAUUGGGCUCCUUCUUGAUUCGAGAGAGUGAAACAACCCAAGGGUCAUUCGCCCUUUCAAUCAGGGACUUGGACCACAACACUGGUGAAGGAGUCAAGCACUACAGAAUCCGCAACAUGGACAGCGGUGGCUUCUACAUCACAGCCAAGAUAUCCUUCAACUCGCUGAAGGAGCUCGUCCAGCAUCACUCACGUGACGCAGAUGGGUUGUGCACAAAGCUGGGGAAGCCGUGCCAGUCGAGGGCACCGCAGAAGCCCUGGUGGCAGGAUGAGUGGGAGAUUCCGCGCGAGUCCCUGAAGCUGGAGCGCAGGCUUGGAGCAGGACAGUUUGGAGAAGUCUGGAUGGGUGUCUACAAUAAUGAAAGAACGGUGGCAAUUAAGAACCUGAAGAUGGGCACAAUGUCGGUGGAAGCCUUCCUGGCAGAAGCCAACAUGAUGAAGAACUUGCAACAUCCACGCCUUGUCCGCCUCUUCGCUGUUGUUACCCAGGAGCCAAUCUAUAUUGUCACAGAGUACAUGGAAAAUGGUAGCCUAGUGGAUUACCUGAAAACGACAGAGGGAAGCAAUUUGCCCAUGAACACUCUGAUAGACAUGGCGUCUCAGGUGACUGAUGGCAUGGCUUUUAUUGAGGAGAAAAAUUACAUUCAUCGAGACCUGAGAGCAGCCAAUAUUCUGGUGUCUAAUGAACUCAUCUGUAAGAUUGCCGACUUUGGACUGGCAAGGCUGAUUGAGGACAACGAAUACACAGCAAGAGAGGGUGCAAAGUUCCCCAUCAAAUGGACAGCCCCAGAGGCUAUUAACUAUGGCACAUUUUCCAUAAAAUCCGAUGUUUGGUCAUUUGGGAUCCUCUUGACAGAAAUAGUGACAUAUGGACGCAUACCUUACCCUGGUAUGUCCAACCCAGAGGUAAUCCAGAGCCUGGAGCAGGGCUACAGAAUGCCGAAGCCAGAAAACUGUCCAGAGGGGCUGUAUAACGUCAUGUGUCUGUGUUGGAGGGAAAACCCGGAGGACAGGCCCACCUUCGAGUACCUGAGGAGCGUUCUGGAGGAUUUCUUCACUGCCACAGAGAGGCAGUACCAGGAAUAGCCCUGAUGGGGCAGAACAACAUACAGACUUACAAUAAAUGUACUCAAACUAAAGGCACAGCCUGUGCAGAUGGAUGCUGGAUUUUGUUUUGUUUGUUUUUGAAGAGUACCAACUUGAUAUUGAUAGGGUAGAAUUUGAAGUUUUAUCAAAUAAGAGUACUUUGUUGCUUCAAACUUAUUUUGAAGUCGCCUCUUUGAUAUGAUACAAUCACAUGUGGAACUGUAAACCCAGAAACUCUUGCAACAGUUGGACCACUGCAGAGCCAACAACAGAAAGGAGAGUGACUGAUCAUGCUGCUUGAAUAGACUGGGAACUGUCUGCUGUAGCUGAAUAAGUAGCUGCUCUCCUGGUGCUCAUUAUUAAGAUGUAAAUACUGUCAAAGGGCUUUAGCUGUGUUUUACCUCAGCAGUUUAAUAUGCAUGUUUUAUAUUGUUUUACUUACAGUAAAAAGCUUUACAUAGCCUAUUUUGUUUGUUGUUACAUUGAAUAAAGCAGAACCCAUCACAAC